GCUGCACCAAUUUGCCCAUGUAACUUUAAAGCCACCCGAAUCUCUUCUCUCUCCAGCCAUGAAGGAUCCACUAAGUACCUCAACUUCUCGACCUCAGAGGAGGAAGAAAGCAGCAUGGUCCAACAUAGAUACCAGGUGAACAACCUGGGACAGAGAGGUCUUUCCAUAAGCGUCAACUUCUUGGUGCCUGUGGAACUGAACCAGGUGACUGUUUGGAAAGAGAUAGAAGUCUUCUCCCCCCAGAACCCAUCUAUUCAGUGCUCUUCAGAGAGAACAGUGCCCACAGAGUCCAGCUUCAUGACCCACAUUCAGAAGAAUCCUGUGCUGGACUGCUCCAUUGCUGACUGCCUGAGGUUCCGCUGUGACAUACCCUCCUUCGGCAUCCAAGAGGAACUUGACUUCAUCCUGAAGGGCAACCUCAGCUUUGGCUGGAUCAGCCAGACAUUGCAGAAGAACGUAUUUAUUGUGAGUGUGGCUGAAAUCACGUUCAACAGAUCUGUGUACUCUCAGCUUCCAGGACAGGAGGUGUUUUUGAGAGCCCAGGUAGUGACUGUGUG